AGUAGGGUUUUAUUCACAAAAAUUGGGCAGUAUAUAAAAACUCCAUGCUAAUCGACGAAGCCCCAGACUUAGGGUUUCGGAAUUUCCGCACUCUUCCUCGCCAGCAUCCGCCUCUCCCAUACUUCGUCUGCGAAAAUGCCGAAGCAGAUUCAUGAGAUAAAGGACUUUUUGCUCACAGCUAGGAGGAAGGAUGCACGAUCUGUGAAGAUCAAGAGGAGCAAAGAUGUGGUGAAGUUCAAGGUUAGGUGCUCAAAGUACCUGUACACCCUCUGUGUCUUUGAUCCGGAGAAGGCUGACAAAUUGAAGCAAUCCCUUCCACCAGGUUUGAGCGUGCAAGACCUGUGAGGUGGAAUUUGCCUUUAGAAAGUGUAGUGUGUCGAAAGAGAUUUUGUUUGAGCUUUCUUAACAUUUGUUUUGAAGACUAUUUUGGAUGAAUUUUAAAGAGACUCGUUUGUAGUGAAACUCCUCAAGAUUUGGUGAUGCAUUUGGUUUUGCAAGAUGAUGGUUUAAAUUUUGUCGUUCUGCAUGUACUAAGUUUCAUCAAACAUCUAAUGAAUGCAUUCAAGGUUAAACAUUUA